AUGGCUGAAUUGGGUGAAGAUAUGGCCGCGAAUGCUAAGAUGCACCUCGGGCUAGACGGUCACGUUACAGAUCCAAAUAAAUCCACACUUGCGGCGACUAAGCAAGAUGCACUGAGUGAAUUUGUUGGUUGGAGGAAGAAAAUCACUUUCAUUCUUAGUCUGCUCAAUGAACAUGUUGACAUUUGGGCUAUCUUUGAUAUUCUGGACCAUUUUGCGUCCACUUAUGCCAAAGAAAGAAAGAUUUUAACAGAAGAUCCAGUACAUACAGCCAGUCCUCACCAUGGCCCAGGUGCAGGUUUUGCCAUUUGA